AUGACCCUUGAACUGUGUGUGAGCACUUGCACGAGCGGAAACAGAUUGUACGCCGGAGUCUCUGGCGUCGGGUGCUACUGUGGUGGUAAUGUGGAGGCUGCCUCAACCACUCUGGUCAGCGAGAACCAGUGCAACAUUGUCUGUCCCGGCAACAACACUGAGCGCUGCGGUGGCCUUGGUGGUCUUACGAAACGUCAGAUCGCCGCGAAUAUUCGCUUGACCAUCUACGUCGACGGCGGCAUUGUCCCAAGCCUGAGCUCUAGCUCCAGCUCGACUUCUGCUUCUGGUGGUCUUAUGCUUCCUACCAACGGCACUACCAUCGCAGUUCCUACAGUGACAGCCACAUUGACGACUACAUUUACCGCUACUGUCACCACCUGCCCUCCUGGCGUCUCUGACUGCGUCAUCGGAUCUCUCACCACUAGCGUCACCACCGUGACGACGACCUACUGCCCUGAGACUGCAGUUCCAACUCCCUGCCCAUGCGCCAAUGGCGAAUGCUACGACCUUCCCUGCUUCGGCCAAGAAUGCAACCAGAAUGUGAUGUGCUACGGAGACUACGUCAGCUACAGCUCCCAGUGCUCCUGUGCAGCGGACCGGCGCCGUCUUGUCUGUGAGGAUGGAGUCUGCCACCCCGAGACCUGCAGCGGAGACGAUUGCGGCCGCAAGAUCAUCUGCGAGAACGGAAACUGCCAGUACUCCCAGUGCCAGGGUGACGAGUGCACCCAGGAGAAGAUAACCUGCUACGGCGAUGUCUGCAGAACUGAGGCAUGCCAGGGAGACGAGUGCGAUAUGAAAUACGUCUGCACCGACGGCACCUGCGAACACCAACCCUGCCCGGCCAGUGAGGUCAACAACAUGUAUGAGUGUGCCGGUGACCAGUGCAAUCUCGUCACGCCCUGCGAAGGCGCCAGCUGCCCCAUGCCCAACCCACCAAACGCAUCUCAACAACCUUCUGUCGGAUCUCCUCAGGCCUCCGGUGCACCCUCUCCAGCACAGCACGCUUCGCCCAGUACUGUCGUUGCAGCUUCCCCAAGUGCGCCUACUGCCAACGCUUCCGGCGUAGCUCAAGGCCAAGACCAGGCCAAUCCAGGACAGCAGCAACCCACGGCCAAUCCUGGAGCUCCAGGCACGACACAACCCGCAUCCGUGGUCACUGCCGAUUCAAACAAGCCCCUCAUUCCGUGCAGCUUCAUCACGUUGGCUAUGGGUGUUGUUGCCGGCGUGUGCUUCUUGCUCUAA